AUGUCAUCAACUGAAUCAACCCAAAUUGAACCUGAUCCCAUCGCUUCUAAUAUAGUUGAAUCUCAAUCACUUUCUUCUAUAAUAACCAAUACCAAUACAAUUACUUCAACAUCUUUUCAAAAUAGACGACGUUGUAGACUUUUUUCUGAAGACUUACUUAGAGAAGAAGAACUCUCACCAGAGCAUCCACAAGCAUCAACUCAUCAUAAAAUCUUGUGUCUUAAUUGUCUAAAAGUAUGGUUUUGUAGAAUUGGUGAUUCUCAUACAACAAACCUUUGGCGCCAUAUUGAACAACACCAUCCUAAUCUUGAUCCACGAAAGUUAAAAAGUCAUAUUGGAUCAGAUAUUAUUGAAUUUAUACAAGAAAAUUUUCAUAAAUUUCUAACUAGAUGGAUAGUUUUAGACAAUCAACCAUUUACAACUUCUGAAAAUGGAUUUUUUUAG